UCAUGGGGCUGAAAAGCGUUUGCAAAUCCACCAACGGCGAAGUGUGGCAAGCCGCGCAGGGUCACGCCGCCUGCCCGUGGUCAGGCAUUCCUCACUUCCACCAGGCAGAAGGUCAGUAAAAAUGGAGACGAGCUCUUCUGGAGUCACUAAUGGAAGAACCAGAGUCUUCCACCCAGAAGGAGGUGUGGAUUUGCAAAGCUACCAGCUGGAUAUGCAAAUACUACCUGACGGGCCAAGGAGUGAUGUGGACUUUUCAGAGAUUCUUAAUGCAAUACAAGAAAUGGCCAAGGAUGUCAAUAUUCUUUUUGAUGAAUUAGAAGCUGUCAACAGUCCUUGCAAAGAUGACGACUCUCUCCUUCACCCUGGAAAUCUUACCAGCACUUCAGAUGAUGCUAGCAGGUUGGAAGCCAGGGGAGAGACAGUACCAGAAAAAAACAAAUUAAAUGGCCUUUACUUCAGAGACGGGAAAUGUCGAAUUGACUACAUUCUCGUGUACAGAAAAUCCAACCCCCAGAUGGAAAAGAGAGAAGUGUUUGAAAGAAACAUUAGAGCAGAAGGAUUACAGAUGGAGAAAGAGUCCUCUCUGAUAAAUAGUGACAUUAUCUUUGUGAAGUUGCAUGCCCCAUGGGAAGUGCUUGGAAGAUACGCAGAACAAAUGAAUGUAAGAAUGCCUUUCAGGAGAAAAAUCUAUUACCUGCCCCGCCGGUACAAGUUCAUGAGCAGGAUCGAUAAACAAAUAAGCAGGUUUCGGAGAUGGUUACCUAAGAAGCCAAUGAGGCUGGACAAGGAGACACUGCCAGACCUGGAGGAGAAUGACUGCUACACUGCCCCUUUCAGCCAGCAAAGGAUCCAUCAGUGAGUGUUUCCUGCGAAAGCCCUUGUCCUACUAAGUCCGUGCAGCCACGGUAGAUCCCGCUCCUGCACGCCUCUGAUUCCUUGGUCCUUGGACGGAACAGCCUAGUGCCCGUCUCCCGCAGCAGUCCUGUUGUGUGUUCAUAUCCCUUUUAGGGUAAGCAGGCUGCUAUAACAGACAAUUUCCACGUCUCAGCAGCUCAGCACAGUAGAAUGCUUGUUCGUGUGUGUGGGGUGCAUGGUGAUUCAGAGACCCAGGCUCCUUUUGUCUCGUGGCUCCGCAAAAGCCCAGUGCUCAGAGCCCUCCGCAGGCUCAUCUGCCUCGAGCCAGCCCACAGGGAAGCUGUCUAUUCC